AUGGCACGCUACACACACUUCGCCUUUCUGCUUUUGUUGGUUACCAUCCUAUGCAGUUCUUGCUCCGUGUUUGCUGUUACUGCUACUCCCCCCCUUUAUAAAGUCAAGGUCUUGGAACCAAAGCCUAAUGCAGUGAUUCCAGCGGGUAAACCGAUUAAACUUAAGAUCCGGGCCGAUGCUCCACAAGGCCCUGAAAUCCUCGAAAUGUUUUGCGAGCUUAUCCGGGAGUUUGAACUGCCAGCGAAUCAACCUCCUCAGGAAAUUGUAUAUGGGAUCAUAAACAAGCAAAUCACUAAAGGCACAUUUACAUAUCGAGUUGUGUCAGACACAACCAAGCCUAACACCGUGCCCUUAGGAUUCGGCAAGUUUACUCUUCGCAUCCGUCAGCUUUACAACGCCGGCACAUCCUUUAGCACUCGCUUCAAUGUGCUCAAUAUUCCGAUCACGAUAGCUCCACCCAAGCAAGCUUAA